CCGGCUUGAAGGGGCGGGGCUUAGCCGUUAGCUUGGACGGCUAACGUGGUGUAAACACAGCGGCUGGAACAACUUUACAAAGUUCUCUUUGCGGCUGGAGCAGGAUGGCAGCCUCUCCUCUCCCCAUCUCCUCCCUGCGCCUCCUCACCCCUCCUCUCCGCCUGCUGACAGCAGCCAUGUGGCAAGUGGCGCGCCACCAAAGCGUGAAGCGUUAUGGGAUGCUGGAAGACUUCGUUUCCCUGGUAACUGAGGCUGUCCCCCAGCUGUUGACGGACAGGCAGAGGAGUCUGCUGCUGCUGGCUCUGAGGGCAAAGGUGACCCUCUCUGAUCCAGCUGAUGUUCACGCCCACCUGGACCGGAUCCGCUCCGUCUCCAAGGCAACGCUGGACGAAGACGUGAGUGAUUGCUGCUCUGCUCUGUCUACACUCGCCAACAAGCUGACAGAGACUCCGGAUGAUACUCGGUGCCUUUUGCAGGAGGUGUUUAACCAGAGUUUUGACUCAGCUCUCCAGUCCCUCAUCUCUGACUUUCUGUCCAGGAUCGAGCAGCUGUUCCCUGUCCCCGACUUCAAACAGGCCUCCUCCUGGCUCGAUGCCACUCCCACCGCUCUGGACGAUUGUCUGCAGGACACAGACAGGAAAGAUCUGAGGGAGCUUCUGACCAAUCAGAGCUGUCGACUGGGACAGUCCACCACCACAGUUGGCUGUGACACAGAGAGGACACUCCUCUCCGCCUGGUCCCACCCCCUCCUCACCAAACUGACCAAUCCCGACCCUCCUCCCUCCGACACGGCGGUCCAAUCAGACGUGCUCCCUGAUGUGGGCGGUCCGCUGCAGCUAGACGUGGAGCUGGUGAAGGUGGAGGUGGUGGUGAUAACGGAGGAAGAACAGGAGGAGGUGGAGGAGACUGUGAUUGGUCAGACCGUGUCAUUAGCAGAGACCGAGGCAUCCAAUCAGAGCGAGGAAUGCUCCAUCACACCUGUGAUUCUGGAAGAGGACAGGUUCAAGGACUCGCCUGCAAACUUCACCGGCCAAUCAGAUCACUCCGGCUCUGAAGUCCCAGGUAACCCUCUGCACAGCAUUUCCCACAAUUCUCAGCGUGUGGCCCACAAGUGUCCUCAGUGUGGGAAAUGCUUCAUCUACCGAUCUCAGGUGAUCCGCCACCUGCGCACAAACCGCUCCUGCAGUGGCUUCUCCUCCGCCCCCACAGCCGAAGAGCCCCGCCCCCCGAAACCCCGCCCCUUCAGGACCCACUCCUGCUUCCAGUGCAACGCCAUCUUCAAAAGCACAGCCGAGCUCCUGUCACACCAGCGCUCCCACCGGGCGCGCCCCGUCUACCAGUGCAGCCAGUGCGACAAGGCCUUCCACCACCUGUCCAGCCUGACCAAUCACAAGCAGACCCACCUGGACAAGGGGGGCUUCGCCUGCAGCCGGUGUGAGCAGGUGUUUGAGUCGGCCAAAGAGAGGGACGGCCACCGGCUGCAGCACCGGCUGCCCGACCUCAGCUGCACCGUGUGCUCGCAGACGUUCAGCUCGCAGACGCUGCUGCUGCGACACCUACAGACGCACUCGGUGGAGGGAGCCGAGCUCUGCUACACCUGCCGAUUCUGCGACCAGAGCUUCUCAGGGGUGACGCAGCUUCGUAUCCACCAGCGCACACACACCUUCCGCUCGUACCAGUGUGACCAGUGCACGAAGACGUACGGCUCUCUGACGGGGCUGCAGUCCCACCGGGCGAGCCACAGCAGCGAGAGCCGCUUCCUGUGCCCGCAGUGCGGCAAGCGCUUCAAGACGCGCGACGGCCUGGAGGGGCACCUGAGGACGCACACGGGCGAGCGGCCCUACCGCUGCCCCUACUGCCCCAAGGACUUCACCGCGCUCGCCGGGCUCAACGUGCACGUGCGGCGGCACACAGGGGAGCGGCCGUACGUGUGCACGGUGUGCGGUAAGGGCUGGCCGUCCGGAGGCGACCUGCAGAAACACAUGAGGACUCACACCGGGGAGCGACCUUACGUCUGCCAGGACUGUGGGAAGGCCUUCUCCAUCUCCUGCCACCUGACCGAACACCGCAGGAUUCACACAGGAGAAAAACCGUUCAGCUGCCCUGAAUGUGGGAAGUGUCUUCGGAGGAAGUUUGACCUGAAGAAGCACAUGUUGUCUCACAGCAACGUCCGUCCCUACGCCUGCACCUUCUGCUCCAAGAGCUACACCCGCAAGACUCACCUCACCAGACACCUGCUGACGCACCGGGCGGCCGGCGGAGAGGCGGGGGAGACCGAGGAGGCGUGAUGUCACUUCCUGUACUUUACAUCUUCUGUUGGUCCGAGCCGACAUGUGGUGAUGCAGCUUGUUUAUCUGGUCAUGUUGCCAUGGGAACCUGCAUGAAUUCAGCUGCUGAUGUGAAAGUCUGCAUGUUAUGAAGCUAACAGAGCACAUAGAGCCACCAUCAGGUUUUACUGUGUGAGGCAGGAAGAUGGAGAUGCUGCAGCUGCUUUCUGAGAGGUCGGCAGGUGGAAACCUGAGCGAGUAAAACCCAGGAGAAAAUCCAUCCAGAAGUCCAGGAACAAACACCAGACAGAAACGCUUCGUAAAUGAGAUGCAAAGUUAAAGCUGCUUUUCAGAUGAAGUUGAAAAAAAUGUAAAUGUAUGAAUGCAGCAGCAGAUAUUUCUGGUAGUAAAUUCUUCCAUCCUCACAGUUUACGACAGAUUUUUCCUUUAACGUCACCUGAAUACCAUCUUAGAAAAUAAGAAGCCUCACAAGGCUGAGAUCUUCGUUUAUUCUUUUAUUCAGACCUUUUAUAAAAUGGUCUGCUGGUCAUUAGAAAGGCUGCAGGGUUCAGACCCAGAGCCUGAUGUUGGCUUAAAAGACUCAACUUUAGUUAAAAAUGGACAGAACGGUGUCGAGAAUAUCCAAAAAUUUGGAAAGAAAUAAAAGAAUAUUUUACAAACCUUCCAGCUGAAGGUCAGCCUGGUUUGAUUUUUCUUUGCCGGCAGCUUCAUGGAGCAACGCUUUGAGCUGGAGGAGAAAUGACACCACCCUUAACGUUUAAAUAAAGACACGAAGCAGCUUUUUUAUGGACGUCUCUGCUUGUAAUGAAAGAAGCUUCAUUUUGGUUUGAUGUGAUUAAAGUUUCUUCUGUUUGCACCCA